CCAAAUCUCCUUUCAAUUCUUACACCAUCUCCAUCUCUCUCUCUGUCUCUCAUUACUUGCUCAAUACCCAUCACCUGAGAAUCAAACCCACUGCCGGAAUCAGCCACAUUUCCACAGCCGGAAAACUAGAAAAUCAAAUCAAGCAGAAAUGGGUCUUUCAAUUGACAAUGGGUUACCUUCAGAUGUAUCAGAUUCACACUACAGAACACACAAAAUCUUCUUACUCUCAAACUACAUUCUCUUAGGAGCAGCAUCAAGUUGUAUCUUUUUAACUCUUUCUCUCCGUCUAAUCCCAUCUCUCUCAGGUUUCUUCUUGAUUCUCCUCCAUGUUCUCACAAUUGCAGCUGCAAUUUCCGGUUGUGCAGUAGCUGCAGCAAAAACAAACAAAUGGUAUGCUCCACACAUGGUUGCAACUGUUCUCACAGCUAUCUUUCAAGGAGCAGUAUCAGUGCUAAUCUUCACAAGAACAGAUGAUUUUCUCAGUGAAUUGCAUUCUUAUGUUAUGGAAAAAGAUGCUUCUAUGAUUCUGAAAUUAGCUGGUGGUCUUUCUGUUACAAUCUUCUGUUUGGAAUGGGUUGUCUUGUCACUUGCUUUUGCAUUGAGGUAUUAUUCAUAUGUUGAAGGAACUGGGAGUAACAGUGGAAUGAAGAGAAGUGCUAAAGUUCAACAAGAAGAUGCUAAUGACUGGCCAUGGCCUUUCCAAGUUUAAGAUUGUAGAAUUGAUUUAUAAAAACUUGUCGUUUUUAUCAGUCAUAUCGAUCUAUCUGUCUAUAUCUAGCCAGUAUAUUGUCCCUCGUAUUCCUUAUUAUUCAUCUUGUCCCUCUGGCUUGAUGAACUAAUUAAGAUUAUUAUGUUGUUUAAUUUUUUUACUUUAUAAUGUAAUGGUUUGAUUAAAAUUCAAUGAAAUUCUUAUAUUUAUUUA